UGUGGGGUGUUCAUUGGGUCCACGGAGGUGGCGGGGGUUGAGUGCCAGACGCGGCCUGGCAGACAGCGCAUUGCUAGCGCUUCCAGCCCCGUGCAAGCAGGUCUCUGCCUUUUCCUCACCCUGUGAUGGGUUAGAAAACUCCUGGCUGGGGGUGCGAGGACGUGGGGUUGCCCCCGCCUGGGGUGGCAGACAGGCCGGACACGGACGGCACAAGCGAGAGCAGCCCCUGGGCGGCUCUAACUCACACAGGACAUGCAUUGCUGGACGCUGAAAUAAUCUGAGACCCGCAAAGACUCCAGCCUUAGGAAGGGGGAAGGGGUGGUCUGCCAGCCAGGUCGUGCUGAGCACCCUGGGGCCAGAUCCUGCGCCCCUCCAGCUACCGCUGGAGCCGUCCCCUCUGCUGACAAAGGAGCGGGGCUGGGGUUGCUCCCGAGCACCCGACCCCCUUCCUGCGGCGCUUCCCCGGAGCCAGCCUGGCACCGGCACCGGCACCACGAGCUCGUGGCAGGCUCUCCCCUCCUCUCCUCCACAUUCCCGAGCGCAUCCAAGUUUAGCAGCUUUGCACAAACACGGCUCCCGGCUCCCUCGCGCGGGGCAGCGCCUCGCCUCCCAGCUGGGCUGCUUUUCCUCUUGACAUCCCUCCAGCCAAACCCCAACAGCCCGUGUCCUAUUUCUGGCGGCUCCCGGCACAAACCAAUGGGGGAGCGAGCCAGGGAAAGGCCUCCUAUAUAGACCCGCGGUGCCCGGGACUUUCCAGUUCCCCAUCAACCUGCUGCGGGACUGCACGGAGCCGGGCCGAGGAAGGGGAGACCAGGCCAGGCCAGGCCACGGGUGGGACCUGUCCUGCGCCGUGCGCCGAGACCCCGGGGCAGGCGAGAUGGUGGCCCUGGCGCCUGCCCUGCUGCUCCUGGCUGCGCUGCACUGUGCCGGGGCUCCAGCAGAGCCCGAGGAGAACGAUUCUCGCCUGGCCAAGACCAAGCCACUGGGAAAGCGCAGGAAAAAGGUGCCCAACGGGACUGGUCCUGACGUGGACACAGCAGGCACCGAGUGGACCUCCUGGUUCAACAUCGACCACCCGGGCGGGGACGGCGACUACGAGACCCUGGAGGCAAUUCGCUUCUACUACCAGGGCCGCGUGUGCGCCCAGCCCCUGGCCCUCGAGGCCCGCACCACCGAGUGGGAGCUGCCACGGGACGUGGGCGAGUUCGUGCACGCCAGCCCCCGCAAGGGCUUCUGGUGCAUCAACCAAGAGCAGCCCGAGGGCAGGACCUGCUCCAACUACCACGUCCGCUUCUUGUGCCCCUUGGAGCACGCGUACUGGUCGCACUGGUCGGCCUGGAGCGCCUGUUCCAGAACCGCCUGCGGGAGCAGCGGGAUCCAGACGCGGCACCGCGCUUGCGUGAACCCCCAGCCCCUGGCGCGGCCGAUGGACAGCGAGUGCGCGGGCAAGGCCCUGGAGCGCAGGGUGUGCAGCGCCGGGCCCUGCGCAGAGGCCACGUGGGGCCCGUGGGGCGCCUGGAGCCCCUGCUCCAAGACCUGCGGCAGCGGCGGGAAGCGACUCCGGCGCCGGAGCUGCAAGAAAUCCAGGACGUCACGCUGCGCCGGCCGCCCCUCGGAGGUGCAGAAGUGUGCCCGGACCCCCUGCCCAGCCUGCCAGCUGACCUGCGCCGCGGGCAAGGCGAACAAGGACUGCAGCGGCUGCACCUGCCCGGACCACACGCUGCUGGGCACCGUGGUCUCGGCCGAGGGGUCGGCCCUUGCCAACGCCCGCGUCGCCCUGCAGGACCGGCCGCAGGCCACGCUGGCCCGGACUGACCAGCGCGGCCGCUUCCGCGUCCCGGGCGUGUGUGCCGGCAGCGCCGCCAACGUCACUGUCCAGCUGGAGCGGUUCUCCCCGGGCGCGGCCCCCGUCAUCGCCAGCGGCCCCCAGACGUCCACGGUGCAGGUCACACUCCGCAGGCUGGAGAAGCCCUACAUGGUGAUGCACCCCGACUCGAAGGUCCGGACCGCCGGGCAGCAAGUGACCUUGUGCUGCAAAGCCUCGGGCACCCCCGUGCCCAGGAAGUAUUACUGGUACCACAACGGGACCCUGCUAGACAGGAAGGUUUACCGGUACGACGGGCGCCUGGUGCUGAAGGAGCUGCAGCCGCGGCACGCCGGUGCCUACCACUGCAAGGCCAGCUCCGAUGCGGGCGCCAUCAAAUCUGCCAUCGCCCGCCUGACCGUGCUGGGCAAGGGGCAGCCGAGCUGCCGGGCCCGGCCGGAGCAGAGCCUCAUCCGGCUGCCCGGCGAGUGCUUCCCAGAUGCCUCCGGCUCGCCCUACUACGACGUGGGGCGCUGCCCCGCCACGCGCUGCGCCGGGAGCCUGGCUGAGAAGCGGCAGUGCCGGGACGACAAGGAGCGCUGCUGCGGGGUCCGGCGCAUGGAGCUGCGCGAGGUCCGAUGCGCCGGCUACGUCCUGCCCAUCAAGGUGGUGGCCGAGUGCGGCUGCGAGACGUGCGCCCAGCCCAAGGUGCUGGUGCAGGGCCGGGUGGUGGCGGCCGAUGACGGGGAGCCCCUGCGCUUCGGCCAGGUCUUCCUGGGCCAGAAGAGCAUCGGGUUCACGGGCUACCAGGGCGCCUUCACCAUCGAGGUGCCCCCGGGCACCCGCCGCCUGGUCGUCCGCUUCGUGGACCCGCUGCAGAAGUUCCUGGACACCGUCAAGGUGCUGCCUUUCGAUAGCCAGGGCAGCGCCGUGUACCAGGACGUCCGGGUGAUGCGGAAGAAGACCCCCAUGGAUCUGGACGCUGCCCAGACCAAUGCCCUCCCGCUGGGGGAGCUGGCAGGCGAGGGGCCGGUCGGGGAGCUGGUCUUCCCGGCCGGCGCCUUCCGCCGGGCCAGCGGGGAGCCGUAUAACGGCACCGUGAAAGCCAGCGUCACCUUCCUGGACCCCCGGGACGCAGCCACGGUGGCCACGGCCUCCAGCGACCUCAGCUUCGUCAACGCCGAGGGCGACAUGGUGCCGCUGCGCACCUACGGCAUGUUCGCCGUGGACCUGCGCGCCAGGGCAGGCGGCGAGAGGCUGCAGGCGAGCGGCGUGGAGGUGCGGAUGGACGCGGGGCAGGUCCGCAUGCCCGAGCACCUCCCCAAGAUGAAGCUGUGGUCGCUGAACCCCACGACGGGGCUGUGGGAGGAGGAGGGCGCUCUCCGCCCGGCCCCGGCCCGGCGGGGCAAGCGGGAGGAAAGGACCUUCCUGGUGGGCAACCUGGAGAUCCGGGAGCGACGGCUCUUCAACCUGGACGUGUCCGAGAACCGGCGCUGCUUCGUCAAGGUGCGGGCGUACGGCAGCGAGAAGUUCAGCCCCCUGGAGCAGCUGCAGGGAGUGGUGGUCACCCUGGUCAACCUGGAGCCGCGGCCCGGCUACCCCGCGAACCCCCGGGCCUGGGGCCGCUUCGACAGCGCGGUCACGGGCCGCAACGGCGCGUGCCUGCCCGCCUUCUGCGACGGCCAGCGGGCCGAUGCCUACACGGCCUACGUCACCGCCACGCUGGGCGGCGAGGAGCUGGAAGCCGCGGCCUCCCGGCCCAGCCCGGACCCCAGCACGGUGGGGGUGUCCCAGCCCUAUUUGAGCAAGCUGGGCUACCGCCGGCUGGACCACACCGACCCGCGCGCCAAGAAGACGGCCUUCAGGGUCAACUUGGCCAAGCCCAACCCCAACAACGUGGACGAGGUCAACGGGCCGCUCUACCCCUACCGCAGCUUGCGGGAGUGCGAGGAGGCGCCCGUCAGCGCCAACCACUUCCGCUUCUCCCGGGCGGAGGUGGACAAGUACGAGUACAACGUGGUGCCCUUCGAGGAGGGCGACCUGACCUCCUGGACCCGGGACUACCUGGCCUGGUGGCCCAACCCCCAGGAGUUUCGGGCUUGCUACAUCAAGGUCAAGGUGGAAGGGCCCCAGGAGUACAUGGUGCGGUCGAGGAACGUGGGCGGCAGCCACCCGUGGACGCAGGGCCAGCUCUACGGCCUGCGGGACGCCCGCAGCGUCAAGGACCCCGAGCUGGAGCACAGCUCGGCUGCCUGCGUGGAGUUCAAGUGCAGCGGGAUGCUCUUCGACCACAGCGGCAUGGACCGCACCUUGGUCUCCAUCGUCCCCCAGGGCAGCUGCUACCGCACGGCCACCAACAGCCUCCUGCGGGAGUACCUAGGCCGGCACCCGCCCGCGGCCCCCAACAACGACACCAGGGCUUUCCACAUGCUGGCGCCCGUCGACCCGCUGGGCCACAACUACGGCAUCUACACGGUCACCGACCAGAACCCGCGGCUGGCCAAGGAGAUCGCCAUCGGCCGCUGCUUCCACGGCACCUCCGACGGCUUCUCCCGGGAGAUGAAGUCUGAGGUGGGCACGGCCGUGACCUUCCUGUGCCAGGAGCGCCCGGCUGGCCGGCAGAGCCUCUUCCAGCGCCUGCUGGAGGCACCCGCCGAGGCCCUGACCGAGAUCCGCCAGGAGAUGGGGAGGAGCGGGCAGCCGUAGGCGGUGGCCUUCGCCUCGGGGCUCCGCAGCCUCCUCCCCGGCCCGGCACGGGGGACCCCCAGCAGCCGGUGGAGGAUGAGCCAGGUCCGGGCUCAGCUGUGAGCUGCCCCUUGCUCCAGGCUGACCGUCCCCUCCGGCCUCUGCAGCCCCUAACCCUCCGUUUCUCCUCCUUCGCCAUCCUCAGCCGGGUCACAGCUUGCUUUCACCCGCCCGCCUUCCUUGGGGUGCAGCUGGGGUCGGAGGGACGGCGCUGUGGACCGGUCUGGGGGCUUUUUGGAGGGAAGCCCUGUCAGCAGGGGACCAUCCCUGUAACCGCCCGCCUAAGGUGGGAGCCCAGGUGGCCCCGGGAUGCUGGGAACAGAGCCCAGGGAGCGAGGCUCAGCGUCGUCCCCUCCAGCCCCACGGUGACAUCUUUGCCUGGUGCUCUUGGCAGGAUGGGGCCGACCCUGGGUGUAGGGGCAGGACCGGGAUUCCCAGCAUCCCCGAAGCACUCCCCCGCCGCGGCGUGCUUCUGUGUCUGCUUCUCUGCGCACCCCCCUUUCCUGCGAACCCUGCCCCGCGAAGCCGGGGGGCUCGGGAAGGAGCCGCAGACACUUUACGCUCCCACGCCCCACGCUAAGGGGCCGUGAUGCAUGCAGACGCUCACUCCAAGGGGUUAGAAAAUAGCUGGAAACUUUCAGUAGGAACAGCUAAGGCUGGAAGGAAGAAGGCCCCAAACCCACACGCCGCCGCCCUGAUGAGACCUGCCCCCGGCAGCCGAGAGGGAUGGACCUGCCCCGUCGUACUGCCCUGGCCUGGAGGACAGCAGCCACGUGUCCUUGCUGUGACAGUAAUGGGAGGGUCGUUAGGGCCGGACGGGGGGAUCCCCAUCAGCUCCUCCCAGCAGCCCCCGUGCCCCUGUCGGGGUCGGUCGGUGAGGUGCGCUAGUAGUGCCGGGCAGGGAAGGCGCAUGGGUCGUCGGCGUCCCGGUUGCCAGCUGCCCCGUCCCACAAGCAGAGGGGUAGAAGGAGAAACCUCAGGCUUUCCUCCCUAGGCACGACAGCCCGAAGCAGAGCGGCGUGGGUGGCACGGUCCUGCUGGCCACUCUUGCAGAAACGUGGAUGUUUUUCUUGCUGGGGUCACUUGACCCACUGACUUCCUGCCCCUGGCGGGGGGCUGGACUCGAUGAUCCCCGAGCUCCCUUCCAGCCCCCAUGUCUAUGCAAUCUAUGCAAUCCCAUCCUGCAGCUCAGGCCAGAGCGGGCACAGGUGGCGGAUGCAGGCGUCUGGCCCCGAGGGCUUCAGCGGUGCUGGGAGGCACCGGGGGCUGUUCGAUUUCCAAAGACCAGUGUUGGGAUUUGUAUCCGAUUUUUCGUAUGAUUUUUCUUCAUCUUCCACCCAGACACCAAUGCACAACGACCGUCUGUUUUCAAAAUCCAGCUGGUGGGGAUUUACGCAAAAGUCCAUAUAUCUGCAUGGCGACAACCAACACCCCUGUAAACUGGCGGGGAUGCACUUCCUGCAAAGCUUUGGGGUUUGGGUUUGCUUGACCUUUUCCCGUGGAAGAGAGGGAGGAGCUGGGGGUGGGGGUGGAAGAGGUGGCAUCCGCUGGCUGGCAAAGCAAGGGGCACAAGCACCGCUGGCCCCUGCCCUGCUGAAGCCUCUGCUCCCGUGCUAAAGACAGACAGACGGCGUGGUCCCGGCCCCGAAACAGCCAGGCCGAGACGUCAGACAGAUCCUUCCACGGACACGGGGACACCCACCCCUGCUCCUGCCUCCCAGCUGGGGCCAGACUGGAAACAUGCACCCACUGCCGGGCUCAGCCCCCAAAACGGGGGGCCCUACCAGUCCCGGUGCGUGCCCAGGACGGCUCCCACCCUGCUGAGCCAGCCAAAGGCAUCUCACGGGGCGGGGGCGGGCGCCUCGAGCCCCAGUGCCCGGUGCAGGACGGUCUCGUGCACCAGAGCGGGUCGCCGGCUCGCACGCGUCUGUACGUUAUUUAUUAUAAAAUACAUGGUUGUUCUCACUGGUCUGGAGGAGCUGUUUCCCUGCACGGCAGCUGGGCACGUCGUGGGCUCCGCUCGCCCUGCCGUGGUGGACCCGCCUCCCUGUCUGCCCAUGAAGCAUCUGUCCCCCCAAACCAUUGUUAGGCAGGCCACUGGGCCCCUUUUCACUCUGCUCCUCCACCUCCAGCCAGCCAGCCAGCCACCCGGCCCAGCCAUCCAGUCCAUGGCUAGCCGGUCUGUGCACCCCUUCUGGUAUCUCGCCACCCAGCCAUCAGCCCUGCUCUCCAUCCUCCAGGCCAGCUCCCCACUUCUCCGGACCCCCCCGGCCAGGAGGGAUCAUUCAGCAUCCCCAGAGCCCUGCCACUGUGCAGCGACUCGCUGGCAUCUCUUUGGGUGAACGGAGGGGACGGACCGGGGGAGACUCAGCUGAGACCGGCGCCAGGGGCCAGCCAGCCCCGGUGUCUGCAGGGUGCAUUUAAUCUCUCCGGGCCGUCCCCUUUGCUGCUGUGACUUGUGGAGCAGCAGCGACGCCAGCGUGCGUCUGGGACGUGCCCCCGGGAACGCCAUCCGGGUGGAGCUGAGUCAAGCUGGGGUCUGGUUUCCCUGGGCAGAGGCAAGCCGGGAUCACAGCCAGCUCAGGGCAGGGGCCCCAGGUCCGAGCUAAGCCAUGGUCCAUCAGCCAUGGGCCCCCGAGACCCGGCCUGGCUCCUCAGAGCUGCGGUGGCUGGAAGGCGGCAGGCCUGGCUGCAAGGUGGGAGGGCACCAGCACUGCCCGGGGCUGGCUCCAGUGGGGCUCGGGCUCCCCUGUGUCCAGCCCUGGUCCCUCCCCAGUCUCGUCUGUCCUCACACCGAUCCGGCCACCUCCUUUGUGCAAUGGCCCAGCUGAGGUUGGCACCAGGCUCCUCAGCCCCCUCGGUCCUUCCGAUCCAUCACCAGCUCUCCUCUCCUCUCCGACCCACGGGCCAGCCCAGCCUCAGCCUCAGCCCCUCUGCUCUCCGCUCCCUCCAUCCCGCCGCGGCCGGUGCUUUGGGGCAAAGCAGCGCCUCGGUUGAGCUCACGCCUUGUUGCGCACGUGGUAUUGGAAUAAAAGCAGCAUGUCA